AUGCUCAGAAGAAGCCUGCAGACACCCGAUCCCGACGAGCCUUAUCUAACAGAAGGCCACGAUGUGAUCGAUAUGAUCGAUAUGAUCGACCAAGCUAUCAAGGAAGACGGUCACGACCUAGAACGUGAUAUAUUCUUUUACAUAAAUAACUAA